CCCAUGGAGGUUUUUCCCAUCUUAGAGAGUUUUGGUAACGCCAAGACCAUCCUUAACAACAACUCCAGCCGCUUUGGCAAGUACCUCCACAUCCACAUUCUCCAGCCAAUGAGGAGAGGAACUACCAUGUGUUCUAUGAGCUGCUGGCAGGUAUGAAUGACUGGGACAAGCAGGAGCUCUACCUGCAGGGAGCCGAGACCUAUUACUACCUAAACCAAGGUGGGGCCUGUGAGCUGAAGGGGAAGCAGGAUAAACGAGAUUUCCAGCUCUUAGUUCAGUGCUUUGAGACCAUUGGUCUCCAUGCUGAUCAGAUCUCUACCAUCUGGGCCAUCCUCUCCUCGAUUCUGCAGCUCGGCAACAUCUGCUUCAGCUCAUUUGAGAGCGAGUCCUUUGAGGUAGCUCGUAUCUUCAGUGAAGCUGAGGCCAGGAGGGUUGGCUCUAUGCUGCAAAUUUCCUCCGAAGCCUUGCAGACUGUCAUCACACACAGAGUAACAGAGACCACCUAUGACAGGAUCUACUGCCCCCUGUCUGUGGAAAGUGCCACAGAAUCGAGGGAUGCCAUUGCCAAAGCCUUGUACUCAGUGCUGUUUGACUGGUUGUUGGAGCAGAUCAAUGACUGGCUGAGUCCCUCAGAGAUGGAUAGCACUGUGGGCGUAGUCGACAUCUAUGGGUUUGAGGACCUGGGAGUGAACAGCUUUGAGCAGCUGUGUAUAAACUUUGCCAAUGAGCAGCUGCAGCAUUUUGUCAACAACGCAGUGAUCUCUCAGGAGCAGGAGGAGUACAGUGUAGAACACAUUCAGUGGUAUCCACUGCCGCUCAAGAACUUCCACUGCUGUCUGGAGCUGAUCUCCUCGAGGCCACAUGGCAUCCUCCGCAUACUGGAUGACCAGACCUGCCUCCCACAGGCCACUGACCACACCUUCCUCCAGAAGUGCCACUACCACCAUGGACACAGCCCAUACUAUGCCAAGCCCAAGAAUCCACUGCCAGUCUUCACUAUUUAUCACUAUGCUGGAGCUGUCACCUAUCAGGUCCAUAAUUUCUUGAAUAAGAACCACGACCAAUUCAGGACAGAGGUGGUGGAGCUUUUUGCCAGGAGUCAAAUUAAGAUGGUGUCAGAGCUGUUCCAGAAGGUUCAGGACAAUUACAUCCAGCAGAGGGAGCUGGGUUGGAGGGGGAAAGGCCUCCGCCAGCAGCCUUCUACUGCUGCUUCACACUUCCUGCAAUCCCUGACUGAACUCACCACCCGUCUGGAGAGAUGCAAAACCACCUUCAUCCGUUGUCUGAAGCCAAACUAUGUGAAGCUGCCUGCCAUCUUUGAUGUAGACUACGUGUCGGCCCAGCUGAGGCAUGCAGGGAUGCUGGAGACCAUCCACAUCCGGAAAGUGGGUUUCCCCGUACGGAUUCAGUACUCCUACUUCAUUGAGAGGUAUGGGGUUCUGCUGACCCAGCGGUCGAGUGAGGCAUCAGACAGAGAGCUGACGGUGGCUGUUCUGGACGUUGUUGGCUCUGAGGAGGGACAGUACCAGCUUGGACUCACCAAGGUGUUCCUCAAAGAGCCUCUGUUCCAGCAGCUGGAGGAGAAAUGGAUCAGCACUCAGACCUGGGCGGCCAUCACAAUCCAGAGGAACAUAAGGGGCUUCCUCUGCAGGAAGAACUUUAAGUUCUUUAAACAGAAAGCCAUCGUCAUUCAGAGCCACAUCCGAGGACACCAGGCCAGGAAGUACUACAAGCGUCUGAAGCAGUCCUUCACUCAGUUCUGGGCGGUGAUGUUGAUAACCAGGAACACCAUCAAGAGACGCCAUUGGAGGAAGGAAUUUCAAGAGAAGAACAAAGCAAAAACAGUGACAAAGGCGAAACCAGUGUCCUCAGGGAUGGAUGUGGGGCUGCUGGAGAUCCCUGCUGAGUUGUCUGCUAGGCUUCGCAGUGCAGCAGGGCAGCAGCAUGCAUCAGGGAUCAUAGAAGUUGCUCCUCCCCAAGUGAAGGCAGAACACAAGCUUUCUCUGCCUCAGGAUGUAGACAGAUUCCCGUUCUCUCGCUAUGCCAACUCCAUGUUAAGGGAUACAUGGUGCCAGCCUAAGGGAUACCCCCUCCAGAGACCCCUCACCCCUCUGGAGCCUGAUGAUACCAGAACUGCCUUGGAGAUUGACAAACUGAUCUUGCGGUUUAUAGGUGAGUCAGAUCUUAGCGGCUGGCAGGAGCAGAUGUUGGGGAACUACAUAGUGGAGAAGGGCCAGAGCCGACCAGCCUUGAGGGAUGAGAUCCUGGUUCAGUUGGCUUACCAUACAUGGGGUCUGCAGGAGCAGGACAGCUUGAGGGGCUGGCUGCUGCUGGCCUGCUGCCUUAGUGCCUUCACACCCUCACCAACACUGGACAAACCCCUGCUGAAGUAUGUGUCUGACCACGGCCCAGGAGCGUAUCGUUCACUGUGCCAACACAAACUGCUAACAUCUCUGGAGCUCCCAGCUCCCACUGCCCGUGUCUACCCACCCACCCAGCUGGAGUGGACCUCCAACCAGAGGAAGGGAACCAUGCUGCUGGACAUACACACCUUCAAUGAUGAGAAACUGACAACUGAAGUGGAGUCAUGGACCACAGGAGAGCAGCUGGCUUCAUGGCUUCUUCAUGGCAGAGGUGUACCAGAGGCGGUGCAGGGCUGGUCUGUGUCUCUUGUGACUGACGAGGGCUGGUCAGACUUAGCUGGCUCGGACUUUGUUAUGGAUCUGCUGGCUGGAGCUGAAACUGAAGUGCUGCCACCACCAGGGACUCCCUCCUCUACGAUCUCAGACUAUCUGUUCAGCAACCAGGGAGAUGGAAUGCCGGUUACAGAUCUUGAUGACUUCAUCCCUCCAGCACCUCCCACACAAGCUCCUGGCCGGCCUUCUUUUGAAUCAAACUCCUGGCGAAGAGAUUAUCCACAGGAGGGGCGUGGUCGACAGAUGGAUGCCUAUGUUGAUGAUUUAUUUGACCCUGUACUGGACCAAGGACCUCCGGAUAUGGAAAGAGUAGCCAUGCUGAAUCGCAGGAUGAGAGGAGGAGGAGGGAUUGGACCCAUGUAUGGAUCUGGUAUGCCGAUGUCCAUGCCUGUCUAUCCUAUGGGAGUCAACCCAGCGAUGCCCAGCUAUGGUGGAGCUCCCAUGAUGCCAGCCAUGCAAACCAUGCCAACCAUGCCAGCCAUGAUGAUGCCUCAGGCUCCUGUCGCUGCACCACCUGUCCCUGACCCCAUGCAGGCGGCAGCAACGCAGCAGGCUUUCAUCAACCAGCAAGCCGCUCUCAUGGCCCAGCAGAUGACCCUGCAGGCGUUGACUCUGUCUCAGCAGCAGACACAGGAGCAGCAGAGAAAGAAUAAGAAGCGUCAGUCUGUGCGGCACUCCAGGGAACGCUCACGCUCGCCUUCCUCUGCAUCACCCUCACCCCCACCUGCCCCACCCAAAGCACCCACCCCACCCAAAGCACCCGCCCAGCCUAAAGCACCCGCCCAGCCUAAAGCACCCGCCCAGCCUAAAGCACCCACACUUCAACGUACGCCUGAGCCAGAGCCAGUAAGUGAUGAGGAUUUAGAUCCAGAUGACCUGCAGUCAUUCAGAGAAAAGAGGGACUACUUCCAGAAGAUUGGCAUUCAUGAACAGCGUAAAGUCAAAACCCCAAAGCCACGGCCAGCGCCCCCCAGCCCACCCAAGGAGCAACAUAACUCACCUCCUCCAUCUCCCCCACCUGUGGCACCCAAGCCAAAAGUGAAGGCCCCAAAAGAAAAACGUACCCCAUCUCCUCCCUCUGAGCCUCGGCCUGAGCCUGAGCCUGAGCCUCACCCUCAGCCCACCUCCAACAUUCGAGACAUCAUCAAACGGUACAACAGCCGACCCCAACCGGAGCCCAAACCCUUCGAGUCUGCCAGACCUCCUGCAAGAAUCUUUAAGAAGAAGAUGGACCCCAAAGAGGAAGCUCUGGCCAAACUGAAAAACAAAUCACCAGUGCCACAACAGAAGAAGCAGUGGGUGCCUCCGCCUCCACCCCCGCUCCAAAUGAAGAAGGAGCAGCCUCGUCCAAGGUCCCCUCCCGACUCUCCUCCCACCAGGGCUCGCGUAGUCUCCAACAGCAUGAAGCAGAGGCAGCGCUCCCUGGCGGACCUGUUUGGCUCACAGCGCUCCAGAAGCCCUCCCUCAACUCCGCCUGACUCCCCGCCACCUCUAGACCCAGCACCUGUACCUGAGGACAUCCCCGAGCCGCCACCCAUGGUUGCACCAUCUCUCAAUGCAAUGCCAGAUGAGGACGGUGUUCGAUCGAAGCUCCACCGCUUCUCUGCUGGGGUUUACUUCUCUUACUCCAACAUGCCGGGAAAACUGUUCCUGCGAAAAGAAGUGUUCUACCCCAGAGAGAUGUUCAACCGGCCAUACGUCCUCAAUCUGUUGUGUGAACAGAUCAUGAGGGAUUCCUAUUCUGAUAGCUGUGUAAGGCUCAGCAGAGAAGAGAGGAGGAAGAUGAAGGAUCUGCUUGCAAAUUUCAACGUUGGAACGUCAAUAAGCACCAUCCAGGAUGACAACAUGAAGAAGAGGAUUGUCAUUGCCGCUCGAGACAACUGGGAAAACUAUUUCGCUCGACUGUUUCCUGUGAAGUCGGACAGUUGGGAUGCCCAGGUUUUCGGUGUUUCUCAUCGUGGAAUCCGUUUCCUGAAGGUGGUGGGAGCAUCAGGCAUCAACCCCAAACAUCUCCGACUGCUUUCGAGCUACAGCUUUGCAGAUGUGCUGUCAGUUGACCUCCAAGGUGCCGACAGAGUGGAACUAGAACUAAAAAAUGAAAAUGUGGUGCUGCAGUCCACCCGAGCUCCUCAGAUCACUGCCAUGAUCAGAUUAUUCCUCCGGGAGCUCAUCAAGGACUCAGGCCAUGUGGUGGCUCUGAAGAGCUUUGUAACGGAUGACAAGAGUCUGCUUAACCUCAACAAGGGUGACGUCAUCAAACUGCUGCCAAUGGAAGGACUCCAAAACGGCUGGUGUUUUGGCACCUUGGGAGGGCGCUCUGGUCUUUUCCCAGAGAACCUUACUCAGCCAUCUGCAGCUCCAGACUAUCAUUACCUACAUCUAGACCGAAGAGAUGACCGGAGGAAAAGCAUGAAGAUCGUUAGACCUGUCGGCUCCCCUGAGAGCCGGUCUCCAGGUCCCAUGAGCAGACCACUGAGGAGACCGUGGAGAGAGGAGUCAGAGCAGCUCAGCAGAGAGGCCUCAGUCCCCAUGCCAGCAAUGGAACAUAGAUCAGGACAGAGCUCGUUGCAGGGCUCUGUCCACGAGUUGGAGAUGCUUACUGCAAUGGCUGAAUUUGCAUCAAAGUACUUUCGAGUGGGGUCUACAGGUCUGCCAGCAAGUGGAAGAAAUUUUACAGAGGCAGUUCAGCACACAAAGAUCCCCAUUCAGGAGAGCCUCAUUCUUUACAAUGAUGAAGAAAUCAAAGAUCUGUCUAUCCAGUGCUUCAUGGACUUGUUGCAGUUCAUGGAAGACAUGCCAAUGAAGAAGAAUAGCACCAGAUUAGACUGCCUGGGACGUAUCCUGCUGCGAGGCAAGGAAAAUGAAAUGCUGAGAGAUGAAAUCUACUGCCAGGUCAUCAAGCAAACCACCAACAACCCAACAAGAACCAGCUGUAUGCUCGGCCGGCGGCUGCUCAGCCUGAUGACUGGUGUCUUCCCUUGCUCCAGUACUGUGCAAAUUUCCCUGCUCUUACCUGCUGUGCCUUUAAGAGACAGCGUCAUUGCGUCACGUUCAUCUCCCCAUGACAUGCGCACUGCUCAGUAGGUAUUCAGUACGCAGAGGGAGCCACAACCGUGAGACGCAUCUCGUGGACCUUUGUGUGUUUGUGCUUAUUUGUGUGUAAAUGCCUAUGUAAGUAUUCCAAAUGCUUGUUAUCUAUGUGUUAUAAGUAAAUCCACCUUACAGAGAGUGAUUUCGCUGUGCCAAAGCGCAUUUAUGUUCUCUACUAAAGUUAAUUGAUUUGCCUCGCUCUGUCCGCCAUUGAACACGAGGGCCGCAGUUAUGAAACCUCUGUCGUCAGUUGGCGGCCCUCUGGCGCGCCCUUGUGGACACUAAGCGCAAUUGCAGCCAUGUUUAUUGCUAUUAACCUAUGCCUGUAUAACUGUGUGUUCAUAAUGAUAGGCCUGUUAUAUGACCGUGUAUUCGUCAUUAUCAUUGCACACUUAUACCUGAUGUGCUCAUUGGUGUGUAACACAUUUAUUCAUUGUUCUUUAUAGGAAACCGUAUACAGAUACAUAAACAUACACCCACGCAUAUACACUCAUACUCACUUAUCUUCCACUCACUGUCAUACCUGGAUGUAUAUAGCUUCCUAUUUGGAUACAAUAAAGAGGAUUUCUUC